AUGGCGGCACUGCACCGCUGUCUGACUUUUACAAGCGUUCACGAAUCAAGAAGGUUGAGAAUGAAUGUGUUGGUGUGAACUAACUGGUCUGGUCAACAACACACUGUUAACGACAUUUUUGUAAAGGAAAUAUGUUAAUUUGGCUUAUUUUUCCCUCAGAAAUAGACUAAUUUUAUCAUUUAUAAAUAAACUACCGUUCUCUUUCAAGUUAAGCUAACUAUUGGCUAGCAUUGGCUAGCAUGUUUGCUAUCUAGUUAGCUUGUUCAGAUUUAGUUUAUUUAUUGUAUUGAUUUAGUUAUGAACAGAAAAAGAUCACUGCUUUUAAACACGUUUUGUGGAAAGAAACGAAGAUUUGGAGCUGACAGUCUCGUCGGACAUCCAGAACAUGGGGAUUUUCAAGAUGGACCCUGUGACGUUAAGGCCACAUUGCAGUAUCUGAUGACUCUCUUUCCUCGGAAGUUAUUUGAAGACAGGCUUCCACCAGUUGUCUUCAAACAUCAGCUAUACAGUCUACUCAGUGACAAAACCUUGGUGGACAAGCAACUGAAUGAUUUAAGAGAUCAAGGAGAAGUGCUGAUGUUCCAGCUGGGCUUUGACUCAGACACCUUUGCCCUGGUGUUUACUGAGGACUACAGAGCCAAAGUUCUGGCAGGCCAGACUGGAAGAGACACUUAUGCUACAGUUGAGAAGUUCCUCGAUAAAGCGCUCCAUGGCUGCUCAGGCCUGAGCUUCAGCAAAGAUAAAAUGCUAAAGGAGCUCCUCUUCACUGAUUCAGAAAUAACGAAACUUGUGAAGUCGGGAGUGUUGACGGUGAGAGACGCAGGCAGCUGGUGGCUUGCAAUUCCAAAUUCUGGUCGGUUCACCAAAUAUUUUAUUAAUGGCCGCAAGGCUGUUCUUGGCAUUGUCAAGAAGUCCAAAUACAAUGAAAUCUUAAAGGCCGAUUUGGAAGAACGUCGCACCCCGUCCCAAGUUAAACUGCAUAUAAAGUACCAUGUUCACGACUUAAUUGGUGCAGAACUGGUGGAAUGCAUACAGACCACAUCGGGGGCUUUGUUGCGAUUUGUGGACACAUGACCUUUAGCUGACCAAAAAUGCUGAAGAAAUGAAUGCCAUAUCAUAUUAAGACCUCAGACAUCAGUGAUGAUAAUGGUUAAUCGCAUCAAAAUAGUUCUGGUAUUUGAACUGCAAAUCUGGGCCAUGGCCAUCAAACUUGCUUCCAGGAGAAAUAAUUAUUUAUCAUUUGCUGCCUUAUUCAAUUUUUUGUGUUUCUAAAUAAAUAUUUGCAGAAUUUUUGCUUCAGAGACUUGAAA